AUGUGGUGUAUCCUGCUCUCUGCGCUCUUCAACUGGCACAACUACGCAGCAAGCAGAAGUCCUUCAUCCUGUUCGUCAACUAUCUGCCGCUCGCCGAUGAUGUUCGUCGUUCGCCUUCACAAUGCCGGACAACGAGACUGCUUCACGCCGUUCUUCGCUCACCAUGCGCCCAAUGCUGCUUGCCUACUCGCCCAGCUACGCAGAACAACUUCCGCCAGGCUACGCCAAGUCCAAGCCUCCCUCUGCGUUCGACAAUGCCGUGUCUGGCUACUGCUGCUCACCAUGGUGCUCCAAGGUUGCCGUUUGCGACAACUGACACAGGGCAAUGGAUUCGUGAUGCGACACUCAAGCUGGCGCAGGGACAGCGACAUGCCGAGCAACUUUGACGCUUCUCGCGUCUACCUUUGCCGACACCGGAUCCGAGCGGCGCUCUACACCACAAUUCACUGUUCGACAACGUCAUCAUCUACAUGGUCACCUUCCACGACGUUCACCUGUCAAUCGACACUGCCGCCAAUGUUGCUUACUUCUACAGGCACCGACAUCCGACCUUUCUCGACUCCGCCGCCUGUUCUUUGCUUGUGCAUGCGGAUGUCUACUACGUAUCAGCGCGACAUCUACUACUUCUCAGUACAACAUCUGCUGCACAAUCGCGUCCAAUACGUCAACGAGCACAUGUACAUGCGUCUACGCCCUGCAACAAGCCGAACGUCAACAGCAACAAUCGCCCCCUCACCUCCAUCGCGU